AUGCCCGAGUUCGUCCGGGUCACCCCGUCUGGCCAACGCCAGUUCGUCCGCUCUCAGUCCUUCUCCCAUCACCAGCAUCACAGCCGCCCUCACUACCGACCAAGAUGUCCCGACAACUGCGCCUGCGUCACGAUCGAGCAGUGGGACAACCUCUGUGACCAGAACCGAAACUUCCUCUCCGUCAACGAGACCCUGACACGCGAGAACCGAACACUGAAGAGCGAUCUACAAGCUCUGAACCAGGAGGUACACCGCCUGCGUGUCUUCAACCAGCAGAUAAUCGACGAGGUUCAGGAGCUGAAGCGUCACCCCACCGACGAGGACAACGUCGGAAGAUAUCGUCGAAGGGUGGCAGAGCUGAAGACGGAAGUCAGCGGGAAAGACCAUGACAUUCGUCGCCUCGAGAAGGAGAACGGCAACUUCAAGAUCCGUGUCCGCACGCUGACGGAGACGGUCACGGGCAAGGAUAGGGAGAUCGAGAAGCUCACUUCUCUGUGCCACGACUGGAAGCGGGAUUCGAAUCACUGGAAAGAACGGUCCGCCGAGUUUGAACGUCGGUAUGUCAAGUCGAAGCGCGCGCUCUUCACUUGUACCACGAAUUUGAGAGACGCCAUGGCCCUCGUCGAGGAACUACGGCAUACGAUACGGCACAUCCACGACCCGCUGCCCCCGCUUCGUCAUCGCCAUCGUUAUGAGUUCGGUUGA